CGGACUAUGUGAUAAGAUUCCAUUACAAAGACGUUUUUAAAAGGAGUGCAUGUAUCUUGCGGUGGCGUUAAUAAUAAUUAUAGCAAGUUUGGUCAGAAUUCAUAUUCGCAAUGGGCCAACCAGAAGUAUUAAUUAUGGCGAUAAGCAUCGUCGGGGCCAUGGGCUUUAUCCCCCAUGGGUCUAUUGGGGAAAAGGACCAUAUGCUGACGGAGGCUUUGCUACGUGAAGUGGUGGAGCGUAUGGGCAAGGAGUUCAACGACGCGGCCUCCAGCUACCUGGAGUACCCUGCCAGUGAGCGCCACCUCGCGCUCAUGGCCAGGGCUAACAAGGAGCUGGAGAACGAGCAGUUGGACUAUGAUUCUCUCAUCGACGGUAACCCCAACCCCAGCCUUCGUGACCAGGAAUAUCUGCAGCACAGCUCAUUGUGGGGGCAUCAGUACGUAACCGGCGGUGCUGGCGAAGGUGAACAGCGUCUCCAGCCGUCCGGAGUAGUCCCCAACCGACAGAUGGUAAAGACAGACGCUGUGCUUCCGGCAUACUGCAACCCGCCUAACCCUUGCCCCGUUGGAUACACAGAGGAUCAAGGCUGCAUCAGUGAGUUCGAGAACACGGCAGCCUUCAGUCGGGAGUACCAGCUCGCGCAGCGCUGCAUGUGUGAUGGAGAACACAUGUUCAGCUGCCCUCCCGACUCCUCCUCCGACCUCGACCUUCGCUUCCCGGAGCACCACAAGAAUCUCGUCGCCAAGAAGUAUAAACCUGCAGUAGAAAAUCCUUAUUUGACGGGCGAACGCUUACCGAUCGCAGCUAAAAAAGGUUUCGAUGUUAAUGUGUACUAAGCUUAGUCUUAAAUAGAUGUAUACUAUAUUAGUUAGUGUCUAUCUAAAAUGUGAGGCAUAGUCAUCUUCUAGCCUACUCUUUUUGGCGUUAUUAUCUUUGUAUUAUAAAUGUUCUGUUACAACUUCAUUUAUGGUGAAUUGUGGGUCACGAAUGUCGGCGACGAUCCAUUUAACCAAACAGCACAAAAUACGUUCUUAGGAGGAUCGUGACUCGCAUAGCUGGGUGGGGAAUAUAGAAAAGAAACGGUGGCGAUAUUGUAAGUAGAGAGAAGGAAGUAAAAUAUAUUUUUGUAACCCCAAUUUAACACUGUCACAUGAAUUUUCAAAAUUUCUCUUGUAACGAUUAUUUUGAAAAGUAAAACGGUACAUCAAUAUCUAAAAACUUCAUUAAGAUUAAUUUCAAAUAUU